GUCAAAGUACAUGAACAUGGCGGCUCAUCAAACUUGAGAGGUAGACAAAGGUGUGAAAAGAUGGGAAAAUCUACCCAAAAAGAUCCCUUUCUCACCAUGACAAACAAACUAUGCCAGGUUAUCUGUCGUUAUGUUAUAGCUUAAUCGUUCCGUAUUUCAUCUACUAUAUUCUUAUGGCUAAUUUAAGGGUAGUGCUGUUCGACCAAAACAUCGAAUUUGCAUGUUGGAACCUACCCCAAGACACCAACAACAUUGGUGUUUACCGUAGAGGAGACAAAUGCACGGCAUUGUCUAAUGCCUAGUGCAUUAUCCUCAGUGCCAGAUUCGAUGGCAUCACCUCAUGAUAAAAAGUUAAAUAGAAGGUCGAUCGAAAACGGUUCUGGUCUCUGGACUGCCGUAUUCGACUACGAAGCAAAACACGAAGAUGAAUUGACACUACGAAGAGGGAUUACGGUUGAGGUGUUGUCAACCGAUAAACACAUUUCAGGAGAUGAAGGAUGGUGGACUGGCAGGGUUGACAACAAUGUUGGAAUAUUCCCAAGUAAUUUUGUCACUAAUAACUAUCGUAUUGAACACACUAUCCCACCCGAUAUUACAAUCGAUUUCAAUGAAUUACAACUGGAGGAAGUUAUUGGAGUUGGGGGGUUUGGAAAAGUUUACAGGGGUGUCUGGAAAGGUGAGACUGUUGCAGUGAAAGCAGCACGUCAAGAUCCAGAUGAACCCAUAAGUGCAACAGUUGAAAGUGUUCGUCAGGAAGCCACUGUGUUUUGGUUUUUAGAUCACGCCAACAUAGCAGCUCUAAAAGGAGUAUGUCUGAAAGAACCAAAUUUGUGUUUAGUAAUGGAAUUUGCGGAGGGUGGAUCCCUCAACAGGGUGCUUAAUGGACGACGGAUACCUCCUGACAUACUUGUGGAUUGGGCAGUACAAAUUGCAAAAGGGAUGCAUUAUCUUCACGAAGAAUCGCCUAUUCCAUUAAUACACCGUGACCUCAAAUCAAGCAAUAUACUCUUAAAAGAAAAGAUUCUAAGCGAUUCCUUGGAUAAGAAAACUUUGAAGAUAACAGAUUUCGGAUUAGCAAGAGAAGUGUCAAGAACCACCCGGAUGUCUGCUGCUGGGACCUACGCAUGGAUGGCUCCUGAAGUGAUAAAGACCUCCACCUUCUCCAAGAGUAGUGACGUCUGGAGCUAUGGUGUGGUCCUUUGGGAGUUACUGACAGGCGAAACGCCUUACAAGGGCAUUGAUGCUCUGGGUGUGGCGUACGGUGUGGCGGUGAACAAACUCACCCUGCCCAUCCCCAGCACUUGUCCAGGUCUCUUCUCCAAACUCAUGUCAGACUGCUGGCACCAGGAGCCUCACCAGCGGCCAACCUUCGCCGAGAUUCUGCACCGACUCCGUGAGAUUGCCUCCUCUCCUUUUAUGACAACUCCUCAGGAAUCCUUCCAUACUAUGCAAGAAGACUGGCGCUUAGAAAUAGAAGAAAUGUUCAAUGAACUCAGACUCAAAGAAAAGGAGCUUCGAUGCAGGGAAGAGGAGUUGACAAAAGCAGCAUUGCAGCAAAAGAAAAUAGAGGAACUCCUUCACAAGCGCGAGCAGGAACUAAAGGAGAGGGAGAUAGAGCUGGUGGAGCGUGAACUUAACAUCAUGAUCCUACAGCAGAUCAUGGGUAACCCAAAACCUAGGACAAGAAAGGGAAAAUUUAAAAAGAGUCGCCUAAAACUUCUGAAAUAUGGAGGCAGCUCCAUCAGCGAACCCUCAGACUUUCGACACAAUAUCACUGUUCAGCAUGAAUCGCCGUAUCACCAUGGUCAUCCGGCUAGUCCAGAAAGCCCACCACACUCACCAACUUCAUUUCAUCCUCCCCGGCUACGGGCCAUAGCUUAUCCAGCUGAUGGGAUCAAAGGUCAAACCUGGGGACCAAGCACUGCAAAAAAGGAACGCCAUCCAAGGUCAUCUGUCUUUUUCGGGGAUGGAAGGUGGUCAAAAAGUGCUCCAAACUUAGAGCGAUCUCUCAAACAUAUAGGUGGACAUUCCAAUAUAGGGGCACUUCAGGAACUUUUCUCUGAUGAGUCGCCUUGCAGCUUAUUUUCAGAAGAUGGUGAUGAAAAUGAUUUGCCGGUUGAGCUUUUUGAGGAGGGGCGAGGGAGAAACAUUCCAUACGAGUCUGGCGAUUCAGGGAAAAGUUCUUCACUACCAGACAAGAAAAAAGCUGAAAAUAAGACAGAGUCUGUGUUGCUCAAUAUGGCAGCCAUGUUGGUUGCCGUGGCAGCAGGGUUUGACAUCAGGUCAACCCCUCUUGCCCCGCAGAACUCCAGGGAGGACAAUCGUGUUGUGCGUAGAAAAAGAGACUCUUAUAUUGGAAACCGUCGUGAUGCCUAUAAUGCGGCUGUGCGUGAUUCCUUUAUAGAACCCGAUGAAUUCUCAGCUUAUCGCUUUACCUCAACUUCCGGCUACCCACACAAUACAUAUCAUGGCUGCAGCGUGAAGCAUCGCCCGAGCAUUAACAUGGAUGUGCCUAUUCGGUUUACAGAACAAAACGAACAAAAUUCAACAACUCCUUCAACUCACACAACAAGUACUUUAACAUCGCACUCAACUCCGAAACGCCAGUCAUUAUACAGUGAGAGUGAUACUAGUACUGUCAUUUCUCCAUCUCCUUAUCCCGAACACCGGGGACAUGGGACACUCCAGAGACAGACAUCUGAUGGCAGUAAUUACGACACACCAAGAACAUCUAAAAGUUCCCAUAGACAUUCUGUAACGUUUGAAGACGAUUUCAGACCUGAUUUCAUCCGAGACAGUAAAAACAACAAUUCAAAUAGACUCUCCCCUUCUAAUUCCUCAGGUUCAGGCCCACCCAUUCCGCCUCAAGACUUUGAGUCACGGGGCACACCAAACAGAUCUUCUCUGCAUCGCAGUGACUAUAGUUCUAGACAACAGGAGUCUGAAGCUCCUCCACCGAUUCCCCCACGCCGUCGGAUAAACACAAACGGAGAUGUGUCUGUGCCAGAGAGGCCCUCAACGCUGGACGUGGGGCCUCGACAUAGACCGACACUUGUGAGAAUACCACCGCUUCAACAGAACAACAAAAAUGUUGCUAGCAGCGAGGCCUCACCAGUGCAGGUCGACAAGAAUGAAGCGAUGUACCGGCAGCAAGACGGAAACUCCGACACAACUCCUUACUACUCAACUCGCUCGAGUCUGUCUCCUGGUCACACACCACCGCACAUCGCUCACCAGACCACCCUCCUAGACAUUGACGUGGAGGGACAGAGUCAGGAUAUUACCGCUCCCCUUAUACAGCCGGAGUCACAAUUCCGCUAUUCAGACUUUGAAAAGCAUGAUGUACUCUAUUGAGGCAAAUGUUACACUUAAACAGAUAUAACUAUAUAGAUGUAUAAUGUGAUAUUUAAAAAAGAAAACUGAGAUCAACGUUUCUUCAGAAAUAUGUUCAGUUUUCAGUGUUCCAAGUUAUCAAUAUUGAAUAGCAAUCUCUUGUGUUCUGUAAUUGAAAAUGAAAUGAAUUGUAACAUCAUUUCAUCAAUUUUUUUUUUUUUUCAUAUCUUUAUUAUUAUUACAUGUUGCUAUCCUUUUUGGUUAAGACAUACUUAAGCAUACUGACAGAUUUUUGUCUUGUUUGUAUUUAUCGUGUGUUAGCCAAAGUAAAAUAUCAAGAAAAAUGUGAUUUUGUAACAAAAGAACAAGCUAUUAUUUUAUAAGUGUUGGUGUGUCUGUCUAUGUGUUUGUAUAGUACACUGAAGUCUGUUGUGUACAAUCUAUAACGUAGAACAAUUUGUUGAUAUUCACAAUAACAUAUAGCCUAUUUAAGUGAUAAGUUAGUAUGUAAGGGCUUAACAAGUGGUAAAGAAACCUACCGUUUUGUUUUCAUUGAUACACUUAACGAGUGGAUCCUAAAAACAAAGACUUCAUUCCUGUACUCAUAGUUUAUUCAUGGGACUAGUAGAAUUUCUGGAAAUACUGAAAUUUAACAGGAGGAACCCAUAGAUUUUAUAAUACAAUUGAAAAGUACUCAUCAAAACUAAUUGUAGAUUGAUCAUUACAGCCAUCACCCGAGUUGGUUUUGUGAUUAGUUUCUACUCCUGAUAUUUGAUCAACAUCGCUCUCCGAUUUUUCGGAUUGCUGUGUUGUAGUUACCGGUAUGCGAAUCGUAAAUUCAGUAUUGCUGCCUACGAUACUGCCAUAAAUCGUUGCAGGAAGAGCUUUUCUUUUUAUUAAUGAAACAGAAAUUGUCACUUUUUCCUAGAUUUAGUGACCAAAAUAUUAAGGUUUGAGUCUAUUUUUAGCUCACCUGGCCCGAAGGGCCAAGUGAGCUUAUGGCAUGGUGCGGCGUCCGCCGUCCGUCCGUCGU